AUGUGUCUUGUAUUUCAGGUCUUAAUAGGGGACUCUAUUGGUACCUGUCUCUCUCCUGCAGUAUAUGACAUGAUCUGCAAACUUGGGUUUGAAGUCACAGAGAAUUGUGCUAUCAGUAGCAUUGUGGCAGAAGAUGGCACCAUUUGCUGGAAAACCAUCACAGAAUGCCUGAGUUAUACAGAAGCAGGCCAAGACCUGGAUUACCGGGGAAGCGUUCGGUGGCUGGGGCCUCUAUGUGAAGCUGUCCACCUGCACAUCUCAGCUCUGACCAGGGUGCAGUUUGAAAGCCGAUACGCAUCAUGGUUCCAGUGGACAAACGUCCCAGAGUUAUUUCCUGAGACGUUUGACGCCUUGCACAGCGGACAACCAACUGCCAUCUGUCUGAGCCUCCUGAAGCUCACAUCGGGUCUGGAGCGAGCCCUGGGCAAUGUGUUCCUACUGAUUGGGCAGGAAUGCCCCUUUCUCCUAAGAGAUCUGCUUGCAUCCGAAGAACUCGCUCAAGUCUUCGGGCAACCUGUGAUGUUGGCCAGAGAGCUGAGUAAUGGGGAACUCAAUCGUCUUCCACUUCUCCUCGGGGAGCCUGCAAUGGAAUUUCUCUGGGACAUCUUGAACCAUCAGGAAGGUCCCCGCAUCCGUGAUCGUUUAAGCCAUGGGGAGGUCAACCUCGCUGAAUUUCCACGGGACACAGCAAGUCAGCUACUCACCUUUUGCGCUGUGCUUUUACUCAGGUUCAUGGACAGAGAUCUGGGGUCGGUGUUUAAGGAAAAAGCAGCAGUAAAAUCAUUGAUUAGCAUCGCAGAAGGCUAUAGUUCCCGCUUCCACCCAGCCUCCCAGCUUAAGAAGCAGGUGCUGAUGUGUGAGGCAAGCAUCGACCGCUGGCCUGUGCUUCCUUGGCCAGAAGAGCGCAUCCCAGAAGCAAGCAGUGGGCUCUGCAGCACGUCCAUCCCCACGUUGUACUGCCCCCGAAUCGUCCUGGAAGUGCUUUCUGUGCUCCGGAAAGUCAGCGCCCAGUGCCACCAGGUGUCUGAGCAGGUUAUCGCCUCCGCGGAGAUGCGGCACCAGCAGUGGCUGAAGAGGACCCUGCGGUCUAGGCAGAGGCAGAACCACCUGCUCAUGUUACGGAGUAUGAAGCUUCUGUCUCCUGUCCUUCGCCUGAUUUUAUUCCUCAUCACUCUGGAAUUGGUCAAUAUUCAUGUUGUUCAAGGAAAAUCUGCUCAUGACUAUCGGCAGUAUAUAAAGUUCUUAAAGUCGGUGCUGCAGUACACUGAGAACCUGGUGACUUACACCAGCCGAGAGAAAAACAGGUGGGGUGAAGCUGUCAGCCUCACACAUCAAGCAUUGCUGAAAAUUUGUACUUUCAGUGAGAAGAAACAACUGUUACGACAUUUAGCUGAGAAAUCCACCAAUAAAUAG